AAUAACUCAACCAACGGUGUUGAUAAACCUCAUUCGCUCAUCCGAGUCGUCUCCACUCUGCUAUCUUCUCCAGCGUCCGAUCCCCUCUUUCCUCCCAUCCGUAAUCCAAUCUCACCAUCUCCCGCCCUUUUUAUUUCCUUUUUCAUUUUCCCUUCACUUAGGAUUUUCGCCAUGGCUGAGGCACCGGCUCCGGCGAGUCCCGGUGGAGGAAGUCACGAGAGCGGUGAGCAGAGCCCGAGGUCCAACGUGCGAGAACAAGAUAGGUAUCUUCCUAUUGCUAACAUUAGUCGUAUCAUGAAGAAGGCGCUUCCUGCCAACGGGAAGGUCGCUAAAGAUGCUAAAGAGACUGUGCAAGAGUGCGUCUCCGAAUUCAUCAGCUUCAUCACCAGCGAAGCUAGCGACAAGUGUCAGAAGGAGAAGAGGAAGACGAUUAACGGGGAUGAUCUGCUAUGGGCUAUGGCAACUUUAGGGUUUGAAGAUUACAUCGAUCCGCUUAAGAUUUACCUUUCCAGAUAUCGUGAGAUGGAGGGUGAUACCAAGGGCUCGGCUAAAGGUGGAGAUGCAUCUGCUAAGAAAGAUGUCCAACCAAGCCCAAAUGCCCAGCUUGCUCAUCAAGGUUCAUUCUCGCAAGGUUUUAGCUAUGGGAAUUCUCAAUAACGAAGCUGUCUGAUGGUUCUGAUCCAAGGCACCGAGUAGAGAUCACCCCUACGGCAAUUCCAAUCAUCUAAACCCCGUUGAAUAUCAUAAUCCGGUGCUGCAACAAAUUCCUGUUUGAUGUGAAAACUGACAUUUUGGAUGAUUUGCAUUCACCUAUCUUGUAAGUUUCUAUAUUCUAGUAAUGUUUGUAUGUCAGAUGUUCUUUGUAAUAGAUUCUCGUUUCACAGAACUGUGUAAAUCUUAGGGGGGGGGGGGGUUCAUUUAGAUUUGAGCUCAGGGGAGGGCACAUUAUAUCUGUUGUGUUAGUGAUAUUUCUUACGUACUCGUGCUUUUCUUCACCCUAUUAUUCUGACUUUGGAGGCAAGAUGGUAAGGUCGUUUAUCAUUGUUAUGGAUUGGGUAAAUUAUUA